AGUUAAUUGGCACAAAUGAAGAACUUGAAUUUGACAUGGUAAAUGAAGCAUUGCAUGAACAAGAAAAUCAAAUUAUACGUUAUAUUGAUUAUCAACGAUUGGUGGUGGAGAAUAGACAAUCCCAAGAGAAGAUUUCGAUUCUUGAGGGUGAGGUAAAAUUGUUGAAAGAAGAAUUGUGUAAACGUCAACCAAUGCAUGAACCCGAUCAUGAAUUUGAUGGUGAGGUGAGAGUUAGUACCCCUUUUGAGAAUGUUGGUGAUGAAGUCGCAUGCGAUUCUAAUGUGAACAGUUCAGCAAAAGCAACGUCAAACAUAAUUACGAGAAUGAAAGAUAAACCAAGGAAGCGAGUUAAAAGUGUAGUUAAUGAAAGUCCGUUUGUGAAUCCAGAUGAAAAGAAGAAGAAGAAAAAAUAAGUGUGUUAUGGGCGUAUUUUGAGUUGGA